CUUGACAGAGGGCGCGCACGUAUCUCACGCAUAUUAUGUUUUAUCGAAACAGUUCGACAAAUUAUGCAAGUGUCGUGAUUUUAUUUGAUAAAGUGCACUGUGCCCAGUUAAGAAAAUGAGUAUCUGAUAAAUUUGGAAUUUAAAUUUGAACCAAAAACGUUUAUGUAUAAGUAUAGUUGUAUAGUUUUUGAUUUAAAAGUGCCAAGUAAAUAUUACAAUGACCCGACGAAUGAAAAACUUGUUUGUGUAUUGUGCCAUCUAGUGUGUAAAGAAUAUAAUCAAAGCGUGUAGUGAAAGUUAAGGUCACAAACAAUGUAGUACGCUUUAUCGUCACAAGAUGGCAAUUCCUUCACCACUUGGUCAACGGAAACUAACUUGGAUUGUGGAAAUUGGGGAAGUUCCUCCAUACAGAAGUGGGCCAUACGAAAAACAUCUUAAUUACAGCAAAAAUGAAAGAGAAGACGUGCAAAAGAAAACUUUCGCGAAAUGGAUCAAUUCCCAACUAGCCAAGCAUGGCAAGCCGCUCGUCGAGGACUUGUUCCAGGAUCUGCGGGACGGAGAGGUGCUGCUCUCUCUCCUCGAGAUCCUCACCGACCAGCAGUUUAAACGCGAGCGGGGUCGCAUGCGCGUGCACCACCUGAACAACGUGAACGCGGCGCUGCGCGCGCUGGCCGCGGCCGGCGUGCGCCUCGUCAACAUCAGCAGCGGCGACAUCGUCGACGGUAACCCCAAGUUGGUGCUAGGUUUGGUAUGGAGCAUCAUUCUGCACUGGCAAGUACACUACCACCUCAAGGAGCUCAUGUCGGAACUUCAGCAGACCAACCUCGAGAAGACACUGCUCGCCUGGUGUCGAACGCACACACAGAACUACAGCGGCGUGGACGUGACGAACUUCAGCAGCUCGUGGGCGGACGGGCUGGCCUUCAACGCGCUGCUGCACCGCUGGCGGCCGCAGCUGUUCGAGUGGGCGGCGCUGGCGGCGCGGCCGCCCGCCGCGCGCCUCGAGCACGCCUUCCGCCUCGCGCACACGCACCUGCGCAUCGACCGCCUGCUCGACCCCGAGGACGUGAACACCCCGAACCCGGACAAGAAGUCGAUAAUGAUGUACGUGAUGUGCCUGUUCCAAUCGCUGGGGCACGGCGAGGGCGCGGCGGAUGGCGAGGUGGCGGAUCUUCAUUCGCAGAAAUUUCUCUUAGAGCUGUCGGAGCAGCAGUGCCGCGUGGGCGCCGUGCUGGAGGAAGGCGCCAGGCUCAUACGAGACGCCGCUCUCACCAAAGAGGAGGCCAAUGAAGUGCGGCUGCAGAUGCGGCUGCUGAACGAGCGCUGGGAGGAGCUGCGCGUGGCGGCCAUGCGGCGCCAGGCGGCCGGCCACAGCGAGCUCAUGCGCGCGCAGCACGACCACCUGCACGCCUUCCGGCAGUGGCUGACGGCGACGGAGGACCGCAUGUCGCGCAUGGAGGCGGCGCGCGCGGCGCCGCGCGACGCGCUGCGCGACGCGCGCGCGCUGCACGCCGACCUGCGCACGCAGCAGCCGCUCGUCGACGCGCUCGCCGACUGCGUCGUCGUCGUGGACGACGACCACGACGCGGGUGUGACGGAGAUCGAAGACCAGCUGCGGGCGCUGGGCGAGCGCUGGUCGCACGCGUGCCAGUGGACGCUGGCGCGGCUGCAGCGCUUGCAGGCGCUGUGCGCGCUGCUGGACCACAGCGACACGCUGCACACCGCCGCCGACGAGCUCGAGCGGGACCUCAAACAGAUGGAGGCGAACCCGGUGAGCGAGAUCGGCGAGGUGCUGGCGCGCAUCUCGGCGCUUCAGCGCUGCAAGCACUCGGCGGGCGUGCAGCGCGCGGCGCUGGGCGAGCUGCUGCAGCGGCUGGAGGCGCUGCAGCCGGCCGACGCGGCGCUGGGCGAGCGCGCCGAGGCGCUGCACGACCGCCUCGACGCCACCGAGAUGAUCCUGCGCGUGCAGGUCGACAGGAUAAAAGAGCUAGGUUUCGAGCUGGACAUGAGCAGCACGGAGUCGUCACCGACGCCGACGUACGGGGACGCGCGCAGCGUCACCACCACGGUGACGGUGAGCCACGCCGCCGGGCCCGCCGCGGGGCCCGCCGCCAGCCACAGCAAGAAGCCGCGCCUCGACCGGCCCGCCGACUUCCAGCACGGCUACGGCGUGUUCGAGACCUGGGCCGACGAAACCGAGAGAGCGCUGCAAGAGUGCGCGGAGCAGCUGGCGUGCGGCGGCGGCGCGGGGCGGGCGGCGCGCGCGGCCGUGCGCGGCGCCGUGCAGCGCGUGCAGCAGCAGAGCGAGCGCCGGCGCGCCGACCUCGCGCGCCUCGAGGGGGCCCGCGCGCCCCACGCGCACCACGCAGUGCCAGAGGAAGCCCAACAGCACGCUGACAGCAUCGAAAAUCUGAAACGACGGUGGGAGGGCAUUCAGCGCUCCCUCCUUGAGAUACGAAACACGAUGAACCUCCUCGAGGACAAGGAGAACUUCGACGAGAACCUCGCGGCGAUCCAGAGGGAUAUAGACGACAUCCACGCGUGGAAGGACAAGAUGUUGAAGGAGAAGCCCUCCAACAAUCAGCUGAUACACCUGCGGAACAAAAUACGACUCAUGAAGCAGAUAGAGACGAAACUCAAGGAACUGAACGCCCAAUCGAUCAUAUUACUGACGAAAGCGAUACCGACGUGUCACAAGGACGACAUAGAAGCCGAUACGAAACGAAUAAAUAAAGCGUUCGAAGAGUUGUUCACUUAUCUUAGCGGGAGAGAAGUGGAGAUCAAGCUGGCGAUUAACAAGAAACCGGUGGAUAAACACGAGGACGAAUAUAAAAUGGUGCAGAAGAAAGUUCAAGAUAUGGAGAACCAAAUAAUCGCGGAACACGCGGUUAUAUCUUCUAAAGAGCACAUGGAAAAAACCUUAGAGGAACUGAAGAGACUGAAAAAGGAUUUCGAAGAAAUACAAUCGACAUAUGAUAGUGUUGUUAAAGACAGGAAGCAGAAUUAUGAAAGGGGAAGUGUUGAGGAACUGAAUUUCAGGAGUAGCGUCGAGAACUUGGUGACCAGGUUUACGGAUUCGCAAGCGAUCCUGGGACAGAAGAUACAGAAGUUGGAGAACGGUAUCGAACUGCUGGACAACCUGCACAAGGAGACGAGCGAGCUGAGCUCUUGGCUGCAGCAGGUCAGCUCGUUUGUGGAGUCGCACUCUGACAUCCCGCUCGGGGACGCAGAGGCGCUGGAGAGCUUGCUUAUAGAGAGCAAUAAUUUCGAUGAAAGCAAAGCAAAUUACAAAGCGAAACUGGACAAAAUAGAAUCAAUAAAGAAUACGAUAUUGGAAGAUUGCGAUGAGACUUUAUCGAAACAUCUCAAAUCCGACACCAAAGAAUUGCAGAAACGUUUCAAUGACGUCACGAACGCGUCGUUCAAACUGAAUGAGAACUUAAGGCGAAGCUUAGAGCGGAUAGAGAAUGUAAUUAGAAGGAUAGAUGAGAUGGAGAAGUGGUUGGAAGAGAUAGAGAAUGAGAUCCCGAAAGAGGAGGAGUGCGAGAUCAGGGAUAGCGGAGAGCUGUACCAGAUGAAGACCCGAUUCCAGGCAUUAAAGGAUAAAUGCGAUGAAAAAACUACCGAGUUUAGGAAUUUGAACGAAGCCGGGCACGACAUCCUGGUGGCGGCGGAGGGCGCCACGCGGCUGGCGCGCCGCCUCACGCAGCUCAGCGCGGGCUGGACGCGCGCCACGCACUGCAUCUACGAGCGAUACAAGGUGCUGGCGGAGGCGUGGCACGAGUCGGGCGAGCUGCGCGCGUGGCUGGCGCAGCACACGGCGUGGCUGGACGGGCUGGCGCGCCGCCUGCGCUCCUCGCCCGCGCGCGCCGACGCCGAGGAGAUCUCCGACGAGCUCUACGACUUGGAGAACUACCUGGCGAACCAGAGCACGGAGCGCGUGGAGCGCAUCGAGAGCAUCGGGCGCGCGCUCAUCGACGCGCACAUCAUGCCGGCCUGGAUCCGCGCCGAGCUGGACCGCGCCGCGCAGCGCGGCCGCGCGCUCGCCGCGCAGGCCGCAGCUCGCACGCGGGAGCUGGAAGCUGCGGCGCAGGAAGCGGCUAAGAGCGAACUGUCGCUCGACAACCUGCACCAGUGGCUGUUGCGCCUGCGCACACAGCCGCCCCCACCGGAUCAAGUGGAGGCGGAGUUCGGCGCGGCGCACGCGCUCGUGCGCGAGGUGCAGGCGCAGGUGGCCGCCUACCGCGCCGCCGGCAAGCCGCACGCCGCCGACCGCCUGCGCGACCAGCUGCAGCUCGCGCAGGCGCAGCUGCUCGAGGCGGAGCGGCAGCGCGGCCCCGCCCCCGCCGACCCCGCCGAGCGGCUGCGGCGCGCCGAGCUGGCGCUGGCGGGCGUGCAGCGCGACGCGGCCGAGCUGCAGCUGCGCGCCGCCGAGCCCGACGCCGUGCGCGCGCUGCUGCGCCGCUGCCUGAAAUUCUAUCGAACGCUUAGUGAAAUCAAAUCGGAAGUGGAGUCCAUCAUAAAAACUGGACGAAAAAUGGUAGAAGAGAAAUCCGUGCCGGAACCGCAAGAAUUCUCCAAGAAGAUAGACACGCUUAAAGAGCUGUACAAUAAACUGGGCGCACACAUCACGGAAUCGAAAACGAGAUUGGAAACCGCUCUACUAACUGCGCGGGAAAUACAGAACGACUUGCAAUCCCUCACUUCCUGGCUCCAGGGGCUCGGGAACGUCGGCAAGCAGACGCUGGAACUGGAGAUGUCCAGAAUGGAAGCUAUUAAAGACAAGUUGAAUGCUAAUUACGUGGAGUUCACCAAGAUUUGUGACCCGGUGCACCUGGAGAGCCUCAGGAAACAGAUCGACGACAUUAACGAACGCUGGGAACACUUGAAACGACACGGUCUGAAGAAGGAAACCGAGGUGGAGACUCUGCAGCGAUACUUGAACGACAUCGACCAGGAGCUGGAGAGUCCCGAGACAUUGUCUGCGGCCAAGUUGAAUUUGUUGAAAACUGAGGUUCGUGCCAAAGCGAGCGAAGUAGAGGCGAUGGACAACAAAGCGCUCAGCAAACAGUGGUCAAGAAUUGUCGAAAAAAUCACGGCUAAAGAAUCUAACGUAGAUGCGGUCGUAGUUUCGUACGAGAAUAUUACUGACACCAUUAAGAGACGGUUAGAGAGUCCGGUUAAUACGCCUGACACAGAGCGGCCCGAGUUGAAAAAAUCUAAAAUUCCCCUCGCCUUAAAAAGCCCUGUUCCUAUUAAGAAAGAGAUCAAAGAAGGUGGCAAUAGAAGUAGAGGGUCUUCUUUGGAAAGAAGACAAAAGAAAGCGGAUAGUCCAAUGUCAGAGAGUGUAACGAGUAACAUGUCUAUAGAUUCUAUUGAAGGCUCAAUAUCAGUAAUGAGUUCAUUGCCUUCCACUCCCGGCACGCCCAAGAAAGACAGUAGCACAUUCAAUUUGCUUAAAGACAGCGAUUUAUUCACUCAAAUAUCUAAUAACAAAAUCGAACCAAAACAUACUGUUGAAGUUGACAAGCCGAAAGAAGAUCCAUGUCAAGUUGUAGAAGUGAAAGAGCACGAAAUUAUGAAGUCUAGCGUCAGUUCGAUAGAGCCAAUGGAAAUAUAUCCAUCAGACACAGUUGAAAGUGUUGUCGAAUUUAUUCCGCAAAAUGUGGAAACGGUUGAAAUUAUCGAUGAUACCGAAGGUGAGUCUAUGGGUGAAUCAGAUGAUGAAAAAGAUAGUAAAGAGGAACGAAAUGGUAAGCGGUCCUCAGUUGACUUUGGGUCUGAGCCUAAAACAUUCGUAAUUGAAGUAAAAAAAUUCGAAGAGCGAAUGAAACCAACGCUAGGUAUAUUAAAACAUAGAAGUGGCAGUGAAGAGAAGAAAAAGUCUGUGACAGUAAACGAUGUUCCUGAUUUAAUCCCCACUCUUGACGUAGAAGACAAUGACGUGUCGCUGAAAACGCCUCCACCAACGCCCAUGGAUGAGUCGGAGGCCCUUGAAUGUCCCCUUCUGUAUGACUUAGCAUUACGACAGAAAGAAGUCCAAAAGAAUCUGUUGCGAGAUGAAGUUAACGAGUAUUUAAUUCUUGACGAAGUGCCUAAAGAUCAAGCGGCGCUUCCCGAGCCUUCCGCUACAGAAGUGUUAGCCAGUGAAACUAUAGAUAUUAUCAGGGAUGAUAUACCCGUGAAGAAAGUCGGUGUUGGUAUAAGUGGGUCAACGUUGGAGAGAUUACGGAGGAAGUCAGGCAGUGGCGGAACAGAAGAGGAAGUCAUUUAUUCUGAAGUCGAAGAUAUGCCGAAGGUGCGACUUUCGGCAUCAGAUUUCGAUGAAAGAAAACCGACGGCCACCUCGACGCCGAUCAAAGACUCCAAGCAACAAGUGCAGGUGGUGGCCAUGUCGCCUAAGCCGAGUCCAGAAAGUGAUGCUCUGGAGGAAGAUAAGAGCGUGUCGGCCGGCUCAGUGCCGGCGAACAGGUCGCACAUCCCGGUCAGCACGGACAGAAAGAGUGACAAGUAUAACAAGAUGGAUGAUUAUGCCCAGGUGUGCGAGGAGGGUGAGGGCGGCGAGGGCGAGGGGGAGGGCGCGGGCGGCGACGCGGAGCUGGCGCAGUUCGAGGGCGAGGCGCAGCGCAUGUCGCGGCGCCUGCACGUGAUGCUGCUCACGCUGGGCGGCGUGGCCAGCGAGCGCGACCCCGCCAAGCGGCUUGAGAUCCUGAAGAACCAGCUCGGCGCCAUAGCGCCCGACGCGGCGGCGCUGAUCUCGCGCGGCGACAGCCUGGUGUACGCGCGCCACAAGGAGGACCCGCAGCUCGCCGAGUACAUCCAGACGCACUUCCAGGACAAGCUGCGCAACAAGUGGUCGCUCGUCAUGUCCGAGAUCGAGCUGAAGCGCAACGCCGCCAUCCAGGCGGAGGACCAGAUCGUGGAGCUGGGCGCGCUGGCGGAGCGGCUGCGGAGCCGCGCGCGCGAGCUGGAGCGCGCGGCGCGGGCGGCGCGGCCCGGGGCGCCCGGGGCGCCGGCAGCGCGGGCGGGCGAGGGCGCCGACGCGCCGGAGGGCGAGGGCGAGGGCGAGGGCGAGGCCGAGGCCGAGCGCGCGCAGGAGCUGGUGCGCGAGCUGCGCGCGCAGCGCGUGGCCUUCCCCGAGCGCGCGGCCGCGGACGCGCUGGCCGCGUACGCGCGCGCGCGCGACGCGCUUGACGCCGCGCUCGCCGACAAGGACAAGAAGGGCAAGGAGGCGGAGGGCGCGGAGGCGGUGCGGCGCGCGGGCGCGGCGCGCGCGGCGCUGGCGGCGGCGGGCGCGGCGCUGCGCGCGCCGCCGCUGGCCGGCCCCGACUUCGCCGACUUCCCGCUGCAGGAGGACGCGCUCGCCAAAAUAAAGGCGCAGAUGGGCGAGGCGGAGGCGCUGGUGGAGGAGGCGGAGGCGGCGCGGCGGCGCUGCGGCGGCGAGCGGGCGCGGCGCGGCGCCGAGCGGCUGCGGCGCGACUGGGCCGCGCUGCAGGCCGCCUUCCGCGAGCGCCACGAGCGGUGGACCCGCUGCCAGGAGACGUGGGCGAGCCUGUACGCGGCGCUGGAGAGCGGCGGCGAGGAGCUGGACGCGCUGGAGCGCGAGCUGGACGCCGGGCCCGACCCGCAGCGGCUCGCCGACUUGGAGCAGAGGGCGGCGGCGGCGGCGGCGCAGGCGGCGCGCACGCAGGCGGCCGGGCGCGGCGUCGUGCGCGCGUGCGCCGGCGCGCUCGCCCGCGACGUGCUCGACCAGCUGCACGCGCUCGGCGACCGCGCGCACCUGCUGCAGCGGCGCCUGCGCAGCGCACCCGCCGGGGCGGCGCACGCCGGGGCGGCGCACGAGGCGCAGUUCGCGCAGGCGCUGGAGCGCGCCGCCGAGCUGCUGCAGACCACGGCCGCCAACCCCGCCGACAGCACCAGCCUCGCCGUGCGCCUCUCGCUCGUGCGGGCGCGGCAGGAGGAGCUCAGCGCGAGCGUGGCGCGCGCCGCCGCGCUGCCGCCGCGCGCGCGCCCCGCGCCCCUCGCGCGCCUCGCGCUCCGCCUCGCCGAGGCGCAGACGCAGCUGUCGCAGCACGGCGAGUACGUGGAGCGGCGGCUGGCGGCGCUCGCGAGCUUCUCCGCCCGACUCGACGCCGCGCUCGCCGCGCUCGCCGCCGGGCAGAAAUCUGAAGAGCUAGACGAGGAGGUCCGUUCCCUGCUGGAGGAGUACGAGAGCAUGGAGCGCGAGUGCGGCGCCGCGCGGCACAGCGUGGCGCCCGACGUGCGCGAGCGCGUGCUGCGCCUGCGCGACCUGCGGGGCGCCGCGCCGCCCGCCGGGGGCGCCGCUGCGGGCUGCAGCCUGAAUGCAGCGUAUCUGGGCUUCGACCUAGAUCUAGAUACUGCUACUUAUACAAGCGCGCGGGUGGGGUCGCGGCGGCGCUCGUCGCAGGGCUCGCCCGCCGCGCUCUUGGCUAACUUCGACACCAGCGUUUUGCAGAUCCGCGACUGGGUGUCAGUGGAAGUGGACAUGCUGCGAGCGCAGCCGGUCGCCGUGGGCGACGUGGAAGACAUCCUGCAGCAGCUCGACAAACAGAAGGGUGUUCUUCGAGAGUUGGAGCAGAAGAAACCCCAAUUGGAUGAGCUGCUGCACACCGCUGAGAGUCUGAAGGGCACGGAGAAUAGACAGCAACUUCAUGGAAAAGGUACGUGA